AUGGGUUAUCGUACCAUAAGAUGCCAAAGUUCACGACGCUGCGAUCCAAAUGCCGCUUGCAAGACAAGUGGGACUAACUGUGGCUAUUUCCCGUUUUUCGUCCUGCCGGGGGCUCAAUACGUCAACCUACCUACAGGUAGAUCCUUCUUCGGCCACGACUUCGCUCUCACCAUCGCUCAAGACAUCGUCAACACCACUCCCCCGGAUGCUGUUCGCAAUUCUCCGCCGUCGCGUCUAGCCGUCGCCUUUCAAUGUCUCCUCUUGAUCGCAUUAGUUGAUAUCGGCAAUACACUCAUCAGCAGGCCGAUUGAACAAAUACAAUGGGAAACGUCUUGUCACAAUCCCAACACGAGCAGUAUAUCAAGUGUUGCGACAACUCCAUCGUGCGCCCCAAAGGACUUUUCCGUGCUUCAAAGCUGGAAAGUUGCUUUCGAAACCGUCAUGAUUGUCCUCACAGCUGCUCCAUUUGGCAUGGCGGCCGAUGCGUGCGGCCGCAAACGAAUCCUCCAGCUAUCCAUUGUGGGCAUUACUUCCGCGCAGGCAUUUGACAUUGUCAUCUGUCGCUUCCCGGAAACAUUUCCCGUCCAUCUAAUGGCGCUGAAAGGACUUUGGGCCCUGAUGGGGGGCGGCCGUACUGUAUUUUCAGCCAUGAUAUUCACAAUCUUGAGUGACCUACUCCUCAUUCUCAUGUACGCAGGUAACUGGAUUUGUAUAUACGCUGGGCUGGGCUGCUUCGUCCUGUCCUUGUUGACCACGCUCUCUUUGCCCGAGACCCGUCCGAGUCCAUCAGCCCCUGAGAGCUGUGGCCAACCGCCGCCAUAUCAGGGACCAAUUCGUUCAUUUAGGGAGUGCCACAGGCUCAUAGACUUCUUCAAAUCGACCGUCGUACUAGCCCGUCGUUCUUUCUAUGAGAACAAAAAGCUAGGUUUGCUGCUGUUGUUUUGUGUAUUCACAACCGCUGGUAGCCACAUACCGCUCAUGCUGGCCUGGCAAUCUUCAGAGCGACCUGACGCCCUAGACUUGGCGGAGCAGAUAUUUCUGUCCAUCAUUUGGUCGAAUAUUCUAAGGGUCGUGCUAUUGACGAUAAUACUGCCCUUGGUCAGUUACUUGCUUGCCAAGAAUCUGGGGCUUAAUCCGUUGAUAAAGGAUGUUUAUAUCUCGGCUGUGAGCAUUGUAGCGCUUGUCGCUGGAUCGUUGGGUAUUGUCGUUGCAAAAGCCACCGGGUCAACCCUUGUGGUUGCAACCAUCUACAUCUACGCCCUCGGAUGUGGAUAUGGUCCAGCCAUGCAUAGCCUUCUAGGCCUGCUAUCAGGAGGUUGUCACAUUGGCAUGUUGUAUGCGAUUAUUGGGGCUAUGCAAAGCGUGGGAGUCUUCCUUGGCACAACGCUCCAGCCAACGGAGGAUCAUAGCGACCACUACAAUGUCGCGGAUACCACCAAUAACCGUGUUCCGAACGCCAUAAGCAAACCAAAGAGGCUUCGUGUUUAUACGGUGAUUAUGAUUCUUCGCUCCCGGCUAUCAGACUCUCCCAUCUACCAUGGUGUGUUUUCUCCGUCGGGAUGA